AGCGAAUGGGCUGGCUGCAACUGGCUGCAGGAGGUCGCGCGAAAGUGACAGACGCGACGCACGUGUAGCGUGACGCGUGACCGAGGACAGAAUUUUGACCGUUGAGAGUUGGCGAGCAUUCUUACGCCGUUCUUGCACCUGCUCCGGCUGUCGUCCUUUCUUUUGUGCCCGUCAUGACCAAGUACAUCGUCGUUUCUGGAGGUGUUGUUAGUGGUAUCGGGAAGGGCGUUAUUGCCUCUUCAACCGGCUUGCUUUUGAAAACAACGGGUUUGAAGGUCACUGCGAUCAAGAUAGACCCAUACAUGAACAUUGAUGCCGGCACAAUGAGACCUCAGGAACAUGGCGAGGUUUAUGUUCUUAAUGACGGCGGAGAAGUCGACCUGGACCUUGGAAACUACGAACGUUACCUUAAUGUUACCUUGUCCCGCGAUAACAACAUUACUACCGGAAAGAUCUACAGGGAGGUUAUUGAGAAGGAGAGGCGCGGAGACUACUUGGGCAAGACGGUACAGAUCGUUCCCCAUGUCACAAAUGCUAUUCAAGAUUGGAUUGAACGAGUUUCUAAAAUCCCCGUUGAUGACACCGGUGAAGAGCCGGAUGUUUGUAUUGUCGAGCUUGGCGGAACUGUGGGUGAUAUCGAGUCAGCGCCGUUCGUCGAGGCCAUGCGUCAAUUCCAGUUCCGCGUGGGUUAUGAGAACUUUGCUCUCAUUCAUGUCUCCCUCGUUCCGGAUAUGCACGGUGAACAGAAGACAAAGCCUACCCAGACUACCGUCCACGCAUUGCGCGGACUCGGUCUUCUGCCUGACCUGAUUGCUUGCCGACUUAUUGUACAGAAGCCCUUGGAACCAGCUACCAAAGCCAAAAUCUCAAUGUUCUGUCAUGUAUCCCCCGAGCAAGUCGUCGGUGUACACGACGUUUCAUCCGUCUACCACGUUCCUCUCCUUCUUCAGUCGCAGGGUAUCGUGGAAUUCCUGCAGAAGCGACUAAACCUUCCCAGCAUCAAGCUGACCGAGGAGAUGAGAGAUCGAGGCGAAAGCCUUCAGAAGAGAUGGAAAGAACUCACAACUCGUCAGGAACGAGCCUUCGAUGAAGUCUCUAUCGUUCUUGUUGGCAAAUACACCGACCUCAAAGAUUCCUAUAUGUCUGUAACGAAGUCGCUGGAACACUCUGCGUUCCGAUGCAAGCGAAAACUCAUCCUCAAAUGGGUCGAUGCAUCCGAUUUAGAACCGGAGACCCAAGUCACAAGCCCGGCUCGGUACCACGACGCUUGGGGUGCAGUCGUCUCUGCAGGUGGUAUCCUCGUCCCCGGCGGAUUCGGUGUUCGCGGAACUGAAGGGAUGAUCCUGGCGAUCAAGUGGGCGCGUGAACAGAAAUGCCCCUUCCUCGGUAUUUGCCUUGGUUUCCAGCUUGCUGUUGUCGAGUGGGCUCGACACGUCCUUGGCAUGAAGAAUGCGACUUCCGCUGAGUUCGACCCGAAUACAGAGGAGCCCGCUAUCAUUUUCAUGCCCGAAAUCUCCAAAACGCACAUGGGUGGGACCAUGCGUCUCGGUCUCCGACCCACUGUUUUCGACCCCGCCGCUGACUGGUCGAAAUUGCGCAAGCUGUACGGUGGUGCCGCGGAGAUUUGGGAACGUCAUCGUCACCGCUACGAAGUGAACCCGGCUCUUAUCGAGAAAUUUGUGGCAAGCGGUCUUGUGUUCGCCGGCAAAGACGAGAAGGGCGAGCGAAUGCAAGUACUGGAACUGCCAGAUCAUCCAUACUUUGUCGGCUUGCAGGCACAUCCAGAGUUUUGCUCUCGACCACUCAACCCUUCACCUCCGUUCCUAGGCUUCGUCGCUGCUGCUUGUGGACCUACCGUCCUGCAAGAGCAAAUCGACCAGCAACUCCACUCCUUCGUACCACCACACCCCAAGGAUGCCAUGGUAAGCGAAGAGCAGCUGAGGCAAGAAGAGCCUCUUCCGCGCGGUAAGGAGGUGCUCUUGACAGCAGACCCAUAGCACUUUCGGAUCGAAGGUCCUGACGGACACAUAUCACAUUGCUCUCGGUUGUGUAUGUUUCAUCAUGUUGCGUUGGCUGUCGUUGUUGUGUAGACAUAUUGUAUAUGGUUGGGGUAGAAACACGAAGGUAUACACAUGAGGAGGGGGUUUUAAAAGUAGAAUCUAUAGAGAUUAAAGCAUGACAUAAAGGGACCCGUACAUGCGCAAGUAUAAUGCUGCUACCUAUCACCUACAGAAUAUAAUAUACAUCACACAUCCCC